UGUAUCUCCAAGAAGAUCCACUUCCUCUCCUAUCAAGAGUCUCUAGGCAUCAUUUUAACUUCUCUUGCUCUUUUCCUCUCUCUGAUCACAUGUCUUGUGCUGCUAAGCUUCAUUAAAUACCGUGACACACCAAUUGUCAAAGCCAACAACCGAGACCUCACCUAUGUCCUCCUCAUCUCCCUCCUGCUCUGCUUCCUCUGUUCCCUCCUCUUCAUCGGCCGACCCACAAAGGUCACCUGUCUUCUACGACAAACUGCUUUCAGCAUCACCUUCUCUGUUGCCGUUUCUUCUGUGUUGGCAAAAACUGUCAUGGUGGUUCUGGCUUUCAUGGCCACCAAGCCAGGAAAUAUGGCAAGGAAACUCUUGGGAAGACAGUUUACAAACUCUCUUGUCCUGGCCUGUCCCUUCAUCCAAGGUGUUAUCUGUGCUGUCUGGAUAAUAAACUCUCCUCCAUUCCAAAACCUGGACUUCCAUUCCCUGGCUCAAGAGAUCAUAGUGGAAUGCAAUGAAGGGUCUGUCAACAUGUUUUACAUUGUCCUGGGUUUCCUGGGUUUCCUGUCCUUUGUUAGCUUUGUGGUAGCUUUCCUAGCAAGGAAAUUGCCCGACAGCUUCAAUGAAGCCAAGUUUAUCACCUUUAGCAUGCUGGUGUUUUGCAGUGUUUGGAUCUCCUUUGUCCCAACCUAUCUGAGAUGA